AAAAAAAAACUUAACUGAAUUUUUCCUUCUCUCUCUUUUCAGUAGAAAAUUUAAAACCCUAAAUCAAUACAUUUAAUUAUCAUUACAAGGAAAAUUCAAUUCAGUUGUAUUUUGAUACUGAGAGAUGAUAAUAAGCAAAGAAAAGCCACCAGAACCACUUGAUUUCUUUAUUUGGACAGUUGAGGAUGUAGGUUUAUGGUUAGAAGAAAUAAAUCUUGGCAGCUAUCGUCAAAUUUUCAAAGAAAAUGGUGUUAAUGGGGAGUAUUUGGAGGGGAUGUCCAUGUUCACGACUGAACAGAUUCUCCGGUUUAUAAGAAGAUGCCACAUGAAAUGGGGAGACUUCAUAACGUUGUGUAAGGAGUUGAGGCGGAUAAAAGUGGCUUGCUUAAAGGGAGAGCAAAAAUUCCGGCGACCAUGGUGGGCCCCGUCUUGUCUCUCCGUAGUGUUCAUGAAGACAGCCAAGCGUAACAGGCAGUGUAGAGUGGUUUCACUGAAGCUGGAACCUUAAGACACUGAUAACGCCAUCUACGCCAUCUGUGUGUGUCAUUAGUUAUAAUAUAUAUAGAGGAGAGAAGUGGAAAAUCGCUUCCCUCUGCUUAUUUCCCUUGUAAUUUUUUCCCCCUCUUCUGCCCAAGCAUUUUAUGUAUACGUAACUUUGUAGUCUCUACAUUUUCUCUUUGAUUUUAGUUUGUGAUGUUUAUAGUUUCAAAUCAAGAAAAUAGAUGACUCUUAUGUAAAUUUCAAUGUGUAAUGUUUUAAUAGUUUCUAAACUUGAAUUGUAAGUUUAGCACUAGACAAUUACCUGCCUGCAGAUUGAAUGUAUGUGAACUCCUGCUGCUAUUACAUGUUUGAUUCUCUCUCCA